CGGGAUCAGAUUCUCCUUUGCAUGAACUUUGGUGGGGUCCGCGAUGGAAAGACGGGAGAACUUCUGAGCGUUUGCGGAGAACCUGAAUAUGUGCGUGAGACUUGUGAGAAGAGCUUGAAGCGAUUGGGUGUAGAAACCAUCGAUUUGUAUUACCAGCAUCGAGUGGAUAAGGACACAUCGAUUGAAGAAACUGUCAAAGCCAUGGCUGAGCUUGUUAAAGAAGGAAAAGUGCGUUACCUCGGUCUUUCUGGAUGCAGUGCUAAAACGCUUCGUCGAGCUCACAAAAUACAUCCGAUCUCGCCUGUACAAGUGAACAAAAAGCAGCAACAUAUAUUAAAUACCUAUCGCGGUGUCGCAACCAAUGGUGUGUUGCAGACUGCCCGAGAACUUGGCAUCUCUAUCGUGGGCUGCUCCCCAUUGGGUCGUGCAAUGUUCACCGAUGCAACAAAACCAGCCAAUCAAUUCGGUGAAAACGUUGAUAGACGCUACUUGCCACGAUUUGCUGCAGAACAUUUUGACAAAAACAAGGAGUUGGCUGACAAAAUGAAGGUCUUGGCGACGAAAAAGGGUCUAUCUUUAAGUGAAUGUGUGUUGGCAUGGAUACUUGCUCAAAAUCCUGAAUUCAUCGUCUUUCCAGGAACCAAACGAAUCACCUACUUGGAAUCAAGGCAGCGAUGA